GCCAUGCGUCAGGAUCUUCACACUCACACGCGAUUCAAUUUACGUUUCCGGAUAGUACGCGUACGCCUCUUGUUGAUCAGACGACGCUUUCCCUUCGAUUAUUUGACGUGUAAUAGCACGACUGUGUAUUUGAGUUUGACCUUACGAGAGUUGGAGUUCAGGUGUAGCUUGCGAAAAUGAAUUUUCUUUUGGACUCGUUCGCGUUAGGGCCCGAAAUAUCGCGCGUUGCAGCAUCAGUUCGGGAGAACCCGACAACAACGGUGCCGCUUUUCCAAAAUCGAAGGGCAUUGGUCGUCGGUGGCACGAAGGGAAUCGGCAGUGGCAUCGCCUUGGAGCUGGCCAAGCGCGGCUGCGGUCGCGUGGAUAUAGUCGGACGGGAUCGCAUAGCUGGCACUGCCAUUCAGACAGCUAUGAAACAGAUAAACGCUUCGUGUCUGUGCGAACACUGGGCGGCCGAUCUGUCAACGGUUGCUGGUUGCCGUGCCUUCGUUGACACCCUGCAAGGGAAAAAUAAUCCCGACACAAGAAGCACCUCCGCCAAUAAAUCCGUACCUCCCGCUGGAGCUGGAGGUGCUAGUAGUACGGCUGCAGCACGGGGACAACCGGCGGAGAGCAGAACAGGAGCAAAGGCCGGGGUUUCCGACACUUACGAUCUGGUGGUUUUCACGGUGGGCGUUUGGCCCGACUUCGCCAAUCCCCUCACGCCCGACGGCUUCAAUCGCGUAGUUUUUGUGGAUGUGCUGAGUCGAUACCUGCUCCUCCGAUAUCUGACCCAGGCGAACUUGCUACGAAGCGCGACCGACAAAAAGCUGCCGGUCGCGGUCAUUUCCGUCCUGGCCUCCGGCCAGAAGCACAGCGCCGGUGGACAGGACGCGGCCACUCGUCGCAGCUUCCUCGAGCAGCACGUGCUGACGCAGCACAAAACUGAGGAAGCGCGAGCGGCGUACAAAGAAAACAUGGUGUUUCCAAAAACGCUGGCCACCGCGGGUGUGUCCCACGACCAGAUGCUGGCGGCCUUUUUUCAAACUGCAAACAGCGGCUCGAGUGGUCCGCUUUCGGUGGAUGUGAUUGGCACGUUCCCGGGAUUGGUCGAGACGGGAGUCAUGUUUUCUACGUUUGGCGACAACUUUUUCUCGCGCUCGCUCAAUUUCUUGGGCAGGAACGUUCCGGGAACCGGUAUGCAGAGCGUGGAAGAGUGCGGCCAGGCUCACGUUGACGUGCUUGCCGAGGUACUUCAACGACGGCAAUCGGGCGAAAACUGCAAACUCUCGUUUUGGUCGGCAGUACAUCGCUCGGAACGGGCCGUGCCUGAAAUGUUCACAGAAGAACUGUCGCAGUGGUUUGCGGCGGAACUCGAUCAAGUUGCGAAGUUGGCCUGA